AGCCACGUUCAACGUAACAUCCUAUCUUCAACGAUAACGGCGAGCCGUAAACUCGACGAACUGGCACUAGCUCCUGCGGACUCUUCGUCUAGUAUAUAUUAUUUCCUAACAAUUCGACUACGUUAAAAAACGAGCCAGGCGAGAUGGUGGCUGCAAAUGCGAUCGCAACAAUAUCUCUCGUUGACGCCGUCUUUGAGCCUGUUCCAGGUGGCAAGUCAAUUGCAGACCUUGAACUCGAACGAGGCAUUGCCCCUUGCAAUAAACCCUACAUUCGGCCUGAACGUGUUAUUGACAAGAGGUACCUCGACUCCGAUGAAGAUGAGGAAGACUUCAAAAAUACCAUAGGCCCUGAGCCACCAGCCCGAGUGCCCUCCAACCUCCCACCGGCCGGUAACUUACAUGCAAGUUUACGAAUCGCUCGACGUAUUGCAUCUGGACGAUCUGGCAUUGUGUUUGAGGCCGAGCUUGAUGAGGACGCAUCCAGUCCCGAGUUGACAACCGCCACUUUACCACGCCUCGUUAUCAAGGUCUGUCACCCGCCGACCUACUAUAGAGUCGCCCGAGAGGCCUUCUACUACGAAGAGAUGGAGUCUUUGCAGGGGACAGUGAUACCUCGUUACUAUGGCCUCUUCCAAACAACGCUUGAGCCUGGAGUUAUGUUUCGAUAUUGGAAGAUAGAGAAAUUCUGGGGCGGCAACGGUGCCAAUGACUCCGACCAAGAGGAUCAUUCUGACUUUCCCCGUUGUUUAACCGUUCUCAUUUUGGAAUACGUUAGCGAAGAGUUUUUACCUGUCGGACGGAAAUUAAAUGACAAGGUGAUUAUGGAGAUUAAAGAGAUGUUUAGAGAACUAGCACGCCUUGGAGUCUGGCAACCAGACAUUCAGUACUCCAACAUAUUGCGAGUGCCCAACGCGGAGCUCGAGUUUGGUGCCUCUGGCAAGUACCGAUGGCGUCUCGUGGACUUCGACAGGGCACGCAAGUCAAACAUGAGUCUGCGAAGGUUUGAAAUCGCGAAUGAGGAUCGUUUGGAUCCAUUGUUCCGGUAGCUACCUCGUGAUGUCAUCAGAGAACCUCGUCGAGGUCGUAGGCAAAGGCAUUCUGAAUAAUGAGCCAUCGGCAUUUACAUACCAUUGUAUUAACAGCUAUAUUACGGAUGGUUGCGUCAAAGAUCUUUCCUGGAUUUCU